UCCAUGAAAAGUGACUGGUCCAUGCAGUCUCCUCCCUAUUUCAGUGCAUCUGUUGAUGAGAGAAAUCAUCAAAGAAAAGGUUUACUUUCCUUUCAACCAAAUAACAGUGACGGCCAUCUAAAGGGAUGUGAACCUCCUACAAAGAAGAGGAAACUGGACUGUUCAGACUGCACUGAACCUGAUCUCGAACCUGCAUUCAAAAAUAGUGAUUCACGCUGCAGAGAUGGACUCCAUGAUGCAAACCACAGAUUUGAAAAUGAGAGAAUGAAGUUUACCAGGCACCAAUCAACCCAGCAGCAUCUCAACUCCAUAUUUAUGGUCUUGGAGGAAAACAUUGUUGCUUUUGUGAGGAAUGAAUUGAGUCACAUUUCUAAGGCUGUGGCUUCAGGUUGCCCAGAAGACGGUCAAAGCAAUGUGAAGGAUGUGUCGAAGGGUGAGGAUGAAGAGCAGAAGAGGAGCAGCAGGGAGGCAGUUCUGAAACUUGCCAUGAACUUCCUGAGGACGAUGAAGCAGGAAAAGCUGGCCGACCUUCUACAAUGUGGGACUAGUGCUGCAGUUGGUCAACGUAAGCUUAAAUCUAAGCUGAAAAAGAACUUCCACUGUGUGUUUGAAGGGAUUGCUAGAACAGGAAACCAAACCUGUCUGAAUCAGAUUUACACAGAGCUCUACGUCACAGCGGGCGGGAGAGCGUCAGUCAGCGAUCAACAUGAGUUCAUGCAGAUCGAAACCGCGAGCAGAAACCCAGACAAAGGAGAAACCAAAAUCACGCACGAACAAAUUUUUGAGAGUUCUCCUGAAAAACUUCGGCCAAUCAGAGCGGUGAUAACGAAGGGAGUGGCUGGCAUUGGCAAGACAGUCCUGACACAGAAGUUCGCUCUGGACUGGGCUGAAGACAAAACCAAACAGGAUGUCCACUUUGUGUUUCCAUUCAUGUUCAGAGAACUGAAUGUGCUGAAAGAGAAGUUCAGUUUGAUGGGUCUUGUUCAUCACUUCUUUACUGAAACCAAAGAAAUCUGCGACUUUGAAAAGUUCCUGGUUGUUUUCAUCUUCGACGGUCUGGAUGAAUGCCGACUUCCUUUGGACUUUCACAACAACGAGAUCCUGACGGAUGUGACGCAGUCUGCGUCAGUGGAUGUGCUGCUGACGAAUCUCAUUAGAGGGUACUUGCUUCCUUCUGCUCGCCUCUGGAUAACCACGCGUCCUGCAGCAGCCAAUCAGAUCCCUCCUGAGUGUGUUGACAUGGUGACAGAAGUCAGAGGGUUUGCCGAUCCGCAAAAGGAGCAUUAUUUCACUAAGAGAAUCAGGGAUGAGAAGAACGCCUGGAGGAUCAUCUCCCACAUCAAAAAAACAAGAUCUCUCCACAUCAUGUGCCACAUCCCCAUUUUCUGCUGGAUCACAGCCACAGUUCUGGAGGAUGUGUUCAAAACCAGGGACAGAGAAAAGCUGCCAAAAACUCUGACUGAGAUGUACAUCCACUUCCUUGUGGUUCAGACCAAAGUAAAGAGCUUGAAGUAUGACGGAGAAGCUCGGUUGGAUCACUGGAGUCCAGAGAACAUAAAUAUGAUCAAGUCUUUGGGAAAACUGUCAUUUGAGCACCUGCAGAAAGGAAACUUAAUCUUUAAUAAAUCAGAUCUGGAAAAAUGUGGCAUUGACAUUCGAGCAGUCUCCAUUUCUUCAGGAGUGUUCACUCAGAUCUUCAAAGAGGAGAAGGGAGGUCUGUAUCAAAACAAGGUGUUCACUUUUGUGCAUCUGAGUGUUCAGGAGUUUCUAGCUGCUCUUUAUGUCCAUUUGAUGUUCUUCGACUCUGACGUCAAUCUUCUGGAAGAUGAGAACUCAUCUGAGUUUGAAGAUUUCUACCAGAGUGCUGUGAAUAUGACCCUCAAAAGUCCCAAUGGACAUCUUGACUUGUUCCUCCGCUUCCUCCUGGGCCUUUCACUGCAGAGCAAUCAGACUCUGCUGCAAGGCCUCCUGAGAAAGACGAGUGUCAGCACACAGACGGAUAUUAGCCCAAUUACCAUUGAAGUUACAAGAAAAUACAUCAAAAAGAAGCUAAAUGAAGGUCUUUCUGUAGACAAGAGCAUCAGUUUGCUUUACUGUCUGAAUGAACUGAAUGAUCAUUCCUUAGUGAAAAAGAUUCAAGAGUCUUUGGCCUUCGAGCAACUUUCCACAGAUGAGCUGUCACCUGCAGACUGGUCAGCACUCGCGUUCCUUUUGCUGUCCUCAGAAAAAGACCUGGAUGUGUUUGAGCUGAAGAAAUACUCUGCUUCAGAAGAGGCUUUCUUCAGGCUGCUGCCUGUAGUGAAAGCAGCAAACAAAGCUCUGCUGAGUGGUUGUAACCUGUCAGAAGGAAGCUUUGAAUCGUUGUCCUCAGUGCUCAGCUCCCACUCAUCUGUCCUGAGAGAGCUUGACCUGAGUAACAACGACCUCAAGGAUUCAGGAGUAAAUCAGCUGUCAGCUGGUCUCAAGAGUCCUUAUUGCAAACUGGAAAUACUCAGGUUGAGUCUCUGUAACCUCAACAAGAAGAGCUGUGAGAUGCUGUCCUUUGUGCUCAGCUCCAAAUCCUCUAUUCUGAGAGAAAUGGACCUGAGCAACAAUGACUUGGAGGAUGUGGGGGUGAAGCUGCUCUCUUCUGGACUGGAGAGUCCUCACUGCCAGCUCCAAAAACUCAGGCUGUCUGGCUGCUUGGUAACAGAGGAGGGAUGCAGGUCUCUGUUCUCAGCGCUGAGCUCCAACCGGUUCCAUCUGACAGAACUGGACCUGAGCUACAACCAUCCGGGAGAAGCAAUAGUGAAACUUUUCUCUGCAAAGCUGCAAGAUCAAAACUGGAAACUGGAUGUUUUAAGGAUGGAGCCUUUUGGAGAACAAUGGUUGAGACCCGGCCUGAGAAAAUAUUACUUUAAGCCCACAUUUGACCCAAACACUGUUAACAGACAGAUAAAACUGUCUGACGACGACAGUAGGGUCAUACAUGUGCGAGAGGACCAGUCAUAUCCUGACCACCCAGAGAGAUUUCAGGACUGUCCUCAGCUGCUGUGCAGUGAGGAUCUGACUGGUCGCCAUUACUGGGAGGUGGAAUGGAGCGGAUGGGUGGAUGUUUCAGUGAGUUACAGAGGAAUAAGCAGGAGAGUGGAGAGAGCAGACUGCAGGUUUGGUGGGAAUGAGCAGUCCUGGAGUCUGAGCUGUUCAGAUGGGGGUGGGUACUAUGUUUACCACCAGAAAAAAAGAUCAUUUAUCUCACACUCAUCCGCUGCGCCCAAGAAGGUAGUGGUGUAUCUGGAUUAUCCGGCUGGAAGUGUGUCGUUCUUCAGAGUCUGUGAUGAUGCUCUGAUUCACCUCUACACCUUUAACACCACCUUUACUGAACUUCUGCGUCCGGGGAUCGGCUUUAGAUUCAGGCUCAGGUCCAACACUGAUUCCUUUGCAUCGUUAUGCUCCCUGUGAUUACAGUUUGCAAUGACUGACCCGACGGCUCAGUCUAAUACAGCAUUAACUCCACCACUAUGUAUUGAUUUAUAUUUGAUGUCUGUUUUAUUGUUUAUAUUUUUUAACUUUGAUAUUUUGUCUUUUAGUUUUUGUACUUGCUGCAGUGUCAAUUGCCCAUUUGGGACACAGACAAAUCUGAAUCUGAAUCAGCAAAUUAAUCUUUCACAGGACUGAAAUACAUACGAGUAUUAGGGCCACAAUAAGAAAUUGAAAAAAUAAAAUAAAGUCAUAGUAUUAUGAGGAUAAUUUUAUUCUUUUAGUACUAGAGCUUUAUUCUCGUAAAACUGACUAUUCUUUUACAAUUGUAUUCUUGCAAUGUGACUUCAUUCUCAUUAUUUCAUUAAC